AUGUUAGGUGUAAUUUGGAGAAGGCGUACACCGAGACAGAACCAUGUGAUUUUUUUUUGGCCCACACUGCCUAUGUCAGGGACGGAGUUGAUACUGCUGUCAUUGCCUGAUGCUGGAGCUGAAAAGGUUGAGAAGCUUGCGAAGGUGUUGACGAAACGCAUGAGGGAGAAUGUCGCCCAAGCGGGAGUGCGUUCCGACAAAGUUUCCGUUAAGGUGGUGGUGGACGAAGAAGGCGCCUGUCGGCACUUUGGUACUGUUGACGGUCUGUGUGACAUGGAUGCUUCCAUUCCUUUCAAUUAUAUACCGCCCGUACUUGACAAUAUUGUCAGCUUCAAGUUGGACAAGAAGAAUGAAAUAUAUCUGACAUCAUCCAAGAUAGUUAAAAGCUUCGAUGGUGAUAGGAUUGAAGAGGAUUUGGAAGCGCUGGCAACAAAACGUCCGGGACUGAAUCUGAGUACGUACGACAAGGCUUUACGAGGUGAAUGGUGGAAAUGGUUUCUCGACUCUGGUGACGAAAUGUUUGUGCUUAGACAUAAAGAUGAAACCGAGAUUUGGCGAUUGGAUUCCGCCACUAUGGAACCCCACUUGGUGAACAAGGGUGAGGCUGCGGCCGCGGAGAGAAAGGCACUUGGUGCUGUCAUUGACGGUAACCUGCCGGCCUGGACCAGCCGGAAAGCUUUCUGGUCUCCCCAAGGCACCUUUCUAGUCACUACUCAUACUCAAGGAGUGAGACUUUGGGGCGGAGAAGAUUUCCAAUCUGUCGCCCGCUUGCGGCACAAGGAUGUUGAGACUGGAAUCUUUUCCAGGAACGAAGAAUAUCUUGCUACAUGGGAUGGUCAAUUCGGAGCCGAUAAAAUAUACAUCCAUUCCGUCGUUACAGGUGAGACAAUUGCUAAGCUGGCGACACCUAAACA